UCCCGUCCCCGUCCCCCCGGACUCACCAGUCCAAAAGUCAUAAUGGAGUCAUGCAAAACCUAACCUGAACAUAACCACUCCACACUUAUGAAGACAUACAAAGAUAUUUGUACUCUGCGAUGGGGACAGAAACAGAUGGGAGGACAUCCAAAACACUUUUCUAAAUGUAUGGAUUAGGUUUGGAUUGUAAAACCUGAAAUCUGAAAAGAGGAGAGGAACAGGCCUGUUUUUGGGGAGAGAGAAACUCUGGCAUCCAUAAUCCACAGUGCCCUGACAUAAGAGGGGUUGACAAUCAGGACCUGUAGGUCCGUGGGGAGCUCUAUGACUGCCACACCGAAAGGGAGAGAGAGGUGUUUUGAGGUACUGUUCUCCUGGACUGGUUUGGCCCCGCCUGGCCUGAGUCCAGGUCACCAUGGGGUGUAACAUGUGUGUGGUUCAGAAGCCUGAGGAACAGUACAGGGUCAUGUUCCAGAAUGGUCAAAUAAGUAACAUGCUGUGUUCUUUAGAUGGAGAAGGUCGAUUGAAGGUGAAUGGUAAGGAGCUGUCUCGUCUCUCUGGGGAUCCCACCCUGGAUGUGCAAGACCCCUUGCUGUCUCACGUGUUAAGGAGGGGGGCCCGGCGGCGGGCGGGACAUGCAGGGCGACUAGCGGGGCUAGACGGGACAGUAGCAGUGACAGGGGGGAUGACUGACUGUGUGGACAGCGGCACUCAGACUGACAUCAGCUUCCAGCACAUGUUGACCCUGGGAAGGACCGCCCACAACCCAUGUGGAGCCCCGCCCCCUCACCCGCCCCCCUCUCCUCCGCUGCCACCCAUCCUGGAACCCUACCUGCUCAACGAGCUUCUCCUAGAGCCUGAAUAUUAUGACCCCAACAACUACUUUGACAUCACUCAGCAGGAGGGGGAUCUCAGACAGGAUGAGUUAGAAUACGAGGAGGUGGAGCUGUAUAAGUCUCGUCAGCAGGACAAGCUGGGGUUAACAGUGUGCUACCGGACAGACGAUGAGGAGGAUCUGGGGAUAUAUGUGGGCGAGGUCAACCCCAAUAGUAUAGCUGCUAUGGAUGGCCGUAUCCGAGAGGGAGAUAGAAUAUUACAGAUAAACGGGGUGGACAUCCAGAACAGAGAGGAGGCGGUGUCCAUUCUGACCAGGGAGGACAGUACCAACAUCUCCCUGCUCCUGGCCCGGCCCGAAAUAGAGAAUGACAACCAGCUGGACCCAGAUGAACUGGAGCUGGAGGUUCUGGACAAUGCCGUCCAUCUGCCAAUCCCCCAUCAGCUGAGGAACGGGGCCUCCGUGCUCGAUGCAGAACCAGGGGUCGUGAGUGGUGGUGGGGUGGGGGGCCGUGGGUGGGGUCACCGUGACUCUCCAAGCCUGCUCCACACGGUGCUGAGUAACAGCCAGGAGCUGGACAGCGGGGUGGGCCGUACGGACGAGAGUACCCGCAACGAGGAGUCCUCAGAACACGACCUGCUGGGAGACGAGACCAGCGCCCCCACCACCAACGCCACCAACACCCCCGGCAGCAUGCGCAGGUUCCACUCUGGCCGGGGGGACAGGGACACCCCACCCCUGCUCCAUGGUCACUCCACAGAGUUCCACUUCAGCACGGACUCUCUGCUGGGCCUGGACUGUCUGGGUGGGGGAGGAGGAGGAGGGGGGGGUGUUGACCUGGCAGGGGAGAGGGUCUACACAGCUGACCCAGUGAUGAUGAUGCCUGGCCUGACGGAGGAAGAGUGUGAGCGGUACAGGGAGCUCCUGGAGAUCAAGUGCUACUACGAGAAAAACGGCAACGCUCUUCUGCUGCUGGGGGAGCAUGGGGGUCACGGGCAGGGGGGCGAUGGGGGGGUUCCUCUGGAUGUGAACAGGAAUGAGAGCCUGAUGCAGCAUGAGAUGGCCCUCCUGGAAGAGGAGCUACGCCACCUGGAGUUCAAGUGUCGUAACAUCCUGAGGGCCCAGAAGAUGCAGCAGCUCCGGGAGCGCUGUCUGAAGGCAUGGCCUCUGGAGGAGGAGGAGGAGGAGGAGAGCGGGGCAGGAGGUGGGGCCGGGGCUGGGCGGGUGGCUCUUCUGGUUAGCGAGGAGUCCCGUCACCAUGAGCUGUCAGACAUUAAUGAGCUCCCUGAGAGGGAGCGUUCCGACAAAGACAGCACCAGCGCCUACAACACAGGAGGGGAGAGCUGCAGGAGCACCCCUCUGGUCAGCGAACAGUACCCCUCCCCCUCUGCACAUGGCCGCAGCAGCCUGGAGGGGGGAGACUCUGCCUCUUUACAGUGUCGGACCCCCAGCCGGCACAGGGAGAGGGGAGGCAGGAGGGGAGAGAGGGGGCAGGCUAACCUGAACCAGCCUUACUCCCCUAACUCACACAGGAGGGGAGCGGAAGCAAAGACCUCCAGCCUGGGUGGGGCCAAGUUCAGAUCCCUAUCCCGCGAUGGGGCGGCCAGGAGGGGGUCGGACGGAGGCGCGGGACGCCCCAAAACCAAUGGGACAGUAGAGGGAAGGGGAGGAGGACGUAGCGCUGAGAACAGCCCUUAUCUGUCCCGCCGCCACUCUGGCUCCAGAAUCCCCCAGCGCUACCAGAGCUGCAUGCAGCUGAGGUCCCCCUGUACCUCCGAGGGCCUGGAGCGACCCAGGGAGGGCAGCGAGAGUCCCAUGAGCCUGGGGAGCACAUGCAAAGACAUCCACCAGGGCCCUGUGUCCAAGCCCUCCUUACCCAUCCCCCCUCCCCUCCCGCCACUGGCUUCGCCACGUAUGGAGUGGAAGGUCAAAGUACGCAGCGACGGCUCCCGCUAUGUUGCCAAGCGGCCCGUUAGGGACCGCCUCCUGAAGGCCCGGGCCAUGAAGAUCCGGGAAGAGCGCAGUGGCAUGACCACAGACGACGACGCCGUCAGCGAGAUGAAGAUGGGCCGCUAUUGGUCGAAGGAGGAAAGAAAGCAGCAGUUGCUGAGGGCCAGGGAGCAGCGCAGACGUAGGGAGUUUAUGAUGCAGAGCCGGUUGGACUUCCUGAGGGAGAGGGAGUCGAGUGGCGGUGGACAACACGGGGCUCCACAGGGACAGGAGCCCACUACCAUCCUGGAGCUGAGCCACAGUAGGAGCCAGAAGAAACGGAGCCGUAGGAUCCUGGACAACUGGAUCACCAUCCAGGAACUACUGGCGCACGGGACCAGGGCACCUGACGGGAAGAAGGUUUACAACCCUCUGCUGUCAGUCACCACUGUCUAAUGUAGAGGGGAGAGGAGAUAGAUAGGUAUAGAGGGAGGAAGACCAAGAGAUAGGAAGAGAAGAGUGGAGAAGUAGUUUGUGGAGGGGGUUGAUUUAGAGGAAAAUAAAUCCAACACAAUCUGUGAUCUGUCACUUCCAUAGAGAUCAAUAGAGGACUCAUUGUUAUAUCUGUGCCAUUAUAGCGUCUGUGACAGCAUGGGCAGCUCCAUUGAGGCUAUAACCCAUAGGAAUCCCCACCCAGUUGACUACUUUAUGGCGGAAGCCUUCAAUGGCAAUAUCCAUGCUUAAACAGGUUAUAUCCAUGAUUAGUUUUUUUUUUGUCUCUAUGGUCACUGCACAUAGGAGAGAGGGAGAGAAAGGGUGAGAGAUGGAGAGAGACCGCACCACCUGCUGCUUAGUCACCACAGCCUGUGAGGAGAGAGGGAGGGAAAGUAUAG